GGAAAACAACAGUUUUCAUUUGAAUUCUGCGCCUGAAACUUCAGCGCAAAAUGUAAUUUUCGCGUGUAAAAUGUUUCAGUUACACGUGGCUGUGACUUCAACGUUACUUGCCUUAAUUUUAACGACAGUUGUCUCUUAUAAAAAUGGUGUUGAUUAUGAUUAUAAAGAUUCAAUUGUGUCUAAAAAUUUUCCGCAAAAAAGUGACUUGUUAACUUAUUUGAAAUCUUUGAGACGAAUAAUUGAUUUUUGUUCAAAACACAAGGUCGACUUGGAUAUGAAUUUUGAGUUUGGGCUCUUUCUGAUUAAUGUAAACUUAAAAAAAGUUCUACAUAACAAGCGAAACCGUAUACCUAAACAUGUUCAAACUUACAUAACUUUACUACUGAAAGAGAAUGACGAUUUAAUCGAUUUCUUUGACUUCAUGGUCAGUGGAAAUCAUGAUUCAAAGGAGAGAUCGAAUAAGUUAAUAACAACAUUGUUUUCCAACGAAACCCAGUGGAUGAAGCGACUACAAAGGUUUCAUGCAGAAUUGUUAACGGAAUCAGAUGAGUCCAGCCAGCGAUUUUCAGGAAAAUCUCUUACCUGGUCCAGGUACAUGGAAAAUGUAGACGAUACGGACCGGUGGACUCCUUCACCAAAGUUAUCAGAUCUUUGCAUGUUAUCUCUGGCAAAUAAUGAGAUUCAAGACUCCAUUCAAACUAGGUGCGAUGUUUAUGAACCUUGCUAUGAGAUGCUCAUGAAUGGGACAGAUUUUGGAUACGCUCUUUCGCACAGGUUGUUGUUCCUACUACAUGCAAGGCACAGUAGAGGUUGCAGUAUAUUUUCGAAGGAGCAAGACGAGUCACUGACGAAAAAGUUCUGCAAAACUGCUUACAGUGAGGCGGAGUUUAUUGCUAAUAAUGACUAUCAGGCUGUCGAUCUACUCUUAGAACAAAUGGGUCUCUGCACUUUGGACGGCCACCCCCAAUUCCUGAAACGAUCGUGGCUUUCAAACGUCCUCCGUUUUCAAACUAAAUACGGCUGUUUUGGGCAAAGACUGACUCAGGCACCUGCUAGAUCCAGGUUAUCAAGACCCCCGCCCAUCUGGAAAAUAGCUAAGAACUUGGACCACAGAAUAAUGGAUGGACUAUGUGACGGGCAUGUAACUUCUGUAGCAUCCGCUACCCUCGCUGCUGCUAUUCGAUACAUACUGGAGACGUAUUAUUGAUGUUGCUAAUUCGUCGAAAUUAAAGGAAAUUAAUGAGUGAC